CGGAAUGAUCAACUGUGCCACGACGACACCGUGAGUAACCGUGACACCUGAGACUCCGAUUCACGCUUGUCCUGCGCUCGGCUCUGAGGGGUGGAUGAUCCACUCGUCUUUUGCGCGGUCGUGCAGAGCGCCAAGAGGUUCGAGCCGUGUUAAGGAUCGGUUGGACGUAGCAAGCUGGUCCAGCGGCCGGAGGGGCCCAAAGGGGUCCACGCAGCCGACUGCUCUUCCGAAGAUUGGUUUUAGAGCAGCGGAGCGAACAUGGACUCCAUCACAUAUGUACAAGUAGCAAAUUCCUGAUAUGAUAUGGAGACAAUGCAGAAACCACAACGCC